UGCAGAGGCUGCACUAACCGCUGCCUUCUGACCCCUCACACGGUCUUUGCAGCGUUUCUGCUCCCCAAACCUGCUCUCCUCCCCUUCCCGCUCUCUUCCUUCUCUCUCUUUUUUAAUCCCCACCCCCCCAUCUCUCCUCUCCACCCUUCUUCCCUCUUUCUAAAACGUAGUAAAAAAAGAGAGAGACGAGAGAGCGCUUAAGAGUGAAGGAAAAGUAGCUGAGAGCGCUGCCCUGCCUCUGGCUAUCCCAACCAUGGAAUCAUUCAGCUUGCUCAAGUACUGGAGGGGCGGUGGCGGAGCGGCUCUGGCUGCAGCAGCCGCCACGGCCGCCUCUAGCAUCCGCUCCACCGCCACCAGCACCACUACCACCAUCGCCACCUCUGUCCUCGACCCGUCGGCCGAGACCGACGACGAGGACGGCGGCGAUGUCAGCGACGAUGGUCCCUUCUUCGAUCUCGAGUUUGCCCUGCCGGAGGAGGACGGCGAGGGGGAGGAGGACGACGAUGGAGAAGAGAAGGAUGGUUAUGCGGCGGCGAUGGAGGCGGAGUCGGACGAUAACGAGGAGAGGGAGUUUAAUUUCAUGGUGUCUUCGGAGGGGAGCUGCGGCGGCGACCUUCGGUCCGAUCCCCUUUCUCCUUCCGACGAUCUCUUCUUUAAAGGGAAGCUCCUGCCUCUGGAGCCAUCCUCGAUCGUGAUCACCUCGUCCGAGGCCGAUCCCAGGCCUCAGUUCGCUGUUUCCCUUCUCAAGUCCGCGACCAAGUUCCGGGUCUUCAUGUUGGGUCUUCGGAAGGCAAAAUCCAUCCCGGCGGAGACCAAAGGGGUUCCCGCUGCCCCGACAACGGCUGCGGCCGCGGAGUCUCCGAAGCAGCCAUCUCAGCCGCAGCAGAGCAAGUUCUUCAUCAAAUUUAAGGUGGAGGAGGUACCGAUCAUCUCGCUCUUCACCCGCGAUAAUGGCUCCCGGAACUCUAGAGGCAGUAAGGCAGCAAAACCCCAGGUGGAGGACACCGCAGCAACGCCGUCCUCGGCAGCAGCGGAGGACACCGCAGCAACGCCGUCCUCGGCAGCGGCGGAGGAGAAGAAGUUCUCCAAGGAAGUGGUGCAGAAGUACCUUAACAAAAUCAAGCCGCUCUAUGUUAGAGUUUCGAAGAGGUACGCCCAGAAGCUGAGGUUCUCCGGUCAGCUGACACCCGGCGAGGCGGCGGCGAAGGCUGGGCCCAGCGAAGGCGAGGAGACGGACGUGGAGGCGGAAGCGGCCGCGCCGCCGCCUGCGGCAGCGGCAACGGAGACGGCAACAGGGACGGCGAGCGGCGUUAAGUGCCAGAAAGUCAACGUGCCGACGGGGCUGAAGGUGGUGUGCAAGCGGCUGGGGAAGAGCCGGUCGGCUUCGGCUGCCGUCGCCGCGGUGCCGUCACCGCCGCCGCAGAGGCGGGACGACUCGCUGCUCCAGCAGCAGGACGGGAUCCAGAGCGCCAUCGCGCAUUGCAAGAAAUCGUUCAACGCGGCCAAAGGGUCCGAGUCGUCUUUGGUGCGAUCCAAGAGCGAUCCAUGCGAUGGGAGGUCCGAUAAUGGCGACUGCGUUUGAUGAUUUGAUCCUCAUCGUUGGAGUUUUGAUACAGGACGUGAGAAAAAAAUAGAUGUCUUUAGUUCUAUGGUCGAAGUAUGCGGUUAUCGGGAGAGCGAGCGGCGAAAGGUGUCUUUUAGCCGCGGUGAAGUCGUGUGCCUCUUUCUUUUUUUCUUUUUCUUUUUUUUUUUUUGCCCUUUUUCUUUUUAGUGGGGUGGGGGUAAGUUUUUCUCUAUCCUUUAAAUAUUCAAGUGGUGGUGCUUGUGUAAUUAUAUAUCUUCCAUUAUCUUUUUUUUUGUUUUUUUGGUGGAACCACAUCUAUUCAAACUCUACCAUGCGGUGAAACCGUUCUUUCUUAUUGGGAACACGGAAGACGAGGAGGGAGGGAGGGAGAAAGCGGUUUCUUUUUCUUCCUCGUUCUCAUGAGAAGGAGAGGACAAUUACGUGAAAGAUUCCAUGGCAUGGGGAACUCUGCUGCUAUUUCUUUAACCAUCAUUUUUGGGCAUUUACGUGCCAUGCUGCAGGAGCUCUGCCGCAGUCCUAUGUAUCUUUAGCUCUUUUCUUUCCCGUCUUUGUUAGCGUGUGUGGGUGGGUCGUCAGGAACCUGAGCUUAUGGUAAAGAGAAAGUAGCUAGCCAAGACCAGAAAAGGAAACCUGAAAAGCUUUGACAACAGUGAGAACUGAGAGAGCAUAAGCCAGCUCCUAUCUCUCGCUCUCUCGCCGCCUCCCAUCUCCCCUGCUUUCUACCUUUUCUUGUUUCAAAAAUGUUGAGCUGGCACGGGAACUCUAUGUCUACUCUUUCAUUUGAAUCUCUCUCUCUUUCUCUCUA